UUGGGAGCGAUAAAUCGCAUUGCAAUGUCCGCUUGCUAACUCAUUACUCUUAAUAUAAUCUUGCAAAAUGCGGGAGGCAUUUAUAUCAAUUCUGGCUGUUUUGGCGUGCGCGGCUCCGACGCGGGCUUCCGAAAUUGGCAAGGGCGUUAACUUUUAUAAAGAUUACUUGCGCGCGCGCAACGACGAGGUCAUGCUGGAGGCCGCGCCCGGCGAGCGAAUGAUGUAUUUCUACCGAACACCGGUACAACUGUAUCCGGGAUUACUGCCAGUGCUUGAGCAAGAAUACAGGAAGAGGACAGGCAAUGCUUUUAAAAACCACAUGUUGAGCAAGGAGACCCUGGAACAGCCGGGCAAGAGGAGCUCAAAGGCUGCCCUCUCCCUCAUGCUGCAGGGGAAGCCUUAUUAUGCAAUCGAAAAUUUACAGGAGACCAACGACGAAAUACCGGUCGAUUAGGACUGAUUUAUUCAAAUAAUAGGCAUUUACGAUAAUAGGUAAUAUUAUUGUACACCAAGACAAAUAUAAAUUGUUUUAUGGUAGUAAAUAAAAAUCAUGUCGAUACGAAUGGUAAUCUUUAGUUUCGAUCGCUGUCUUAGAUGUUGUUAGAUUAGAUGUAAUCAUGAAGGUAUCUAUAUGUUUUUGUCUAUUACAUAAUAGUACGAUUGUGUUUAAAAUAAAGUCAAAUAUAUAUUAUAAUAAAAUAAGUGAUUUAAGCAUGCGUAUAAUACAUAAUUUAUUAUUAUCCUCACUCCUUAUAAAACAAAAUAAACUGUUGAGAAAAUAUUUAUCUACAAUUAGUUCUUAUAGGACUCCCAAAAAAGUUAUGUAAUGCUUUCAAAGUUCAUGUUUGUAUGAUGUGAAUUUCUUUGACCCGUCAUAAUUAUCAAAUGCCUUAUCAGAUAACGUUUUGUGAGGUAUCAUUAGUUUCCUUUGUACUGCAAUGAUUUUACCUGUACAUUUUGAGUGCGUACCUAACUGAAAAAAAUAUAAUCAGGAAUACUCCUAUUAAUGCAAGAUAAAUAUAAAGUAAAUCCUAAAAACAUGCACUGGAUAUAUGGCGAGUUACUAUGUCGGUUACUUACCGAGCUAGUUACUUAGGUACAGAGGAACACACUAUAUGAUGUCAACUGUGGAAUAAAUUUUACUAAGUAGAAGUUUAUUUUUUCUAAUAUUCACUUUACACCAUGUAAUUUUGGGGAUCGAUACGUAAUGUAUUGAUUUAGGAUAUACUGUUUCUUAUGGAAUGCAUUUACUUAUAAAUACUUAAUGUUCUUAAGAUUUCAUCCAAAGAUAUGAAAGCGGCCGAAAUAGUACAGUACCUACUAAAAACUGAAUAACCAAUUAUAAAUUGACUUGUCCAGUAAAUCUAGAUAACUAAUUGACGGAUGGUGGAAACGUGUCCAAAUACAGAAGGCAGUCAAUCGAGAAUGACGGCAAUCUUAUAUUUUUAUGGAUUUAUUCAUGAUAUACUAGCGGCCCAUCUAGGCUAUUAUAAGUUGUACACCUACC